AUGUACGCCUCCAAGAUGAUCAUGGCCGUCGUCGCCGUCGGUGCCGUCAGCGUCCAGGGCCUCCCCCAGCUCGUCCCCAAGCCCGCCAUGCUCGGCCCGUACGGCCUCAAGAUCAGCUCCUCGACCAGCACCGCCGUCGAGACGGCUUCCAGCAUCGCUACUUCCACCUCCACCUCCACUGUUUACGCCACCAGCACCGCUGCUUCCUCCACCACUCUCGCCACCGUUGUCAAGUCUUCUGCCACCUCGCCCCACGUCACCAUCGCUUCCGCCGCCAAGCCCAAGAACACCCAGUCCGCUUAG